AUGCACAUCCCCACCCCAUUUCUCUUCCUCCUUCUCACCGUCCUUCCGCUCGUGCUCACCCCCGCUGCCGCCGUCGGGGACAAAGCAACCGGUGGCGCUAGCGACGCCGUUGGGACGUACCUGGUGGUCGUCUGCCGGACCAAUGGACCCAAAGAGAGCGGCGAGAAGCUGCGCGCGUGGCACGCCUCGCUGCUCGCCACUGUCCUCAACAGCACCACCGACGCGGUCCUCCUCGACGCCCGAUCCGCGAAGGGCGGGCGGCUCGUCUACUCCUACCAGCAUGUCGUGAGCGGGUUCGCCGCGCAGCUCACAGAUCGGGAGCUGGACGCGUUGCGCGGGCUCAGCUGGUGCGUGGACGCCAUCCCGGACGUCAACUACAGGCUCAUGACGACGUACACGCCGGCGCUGCUCGGGGUGAGCGCGCCUCGGACGGGCAUGUGGGCUGUGGCCCGCGGCAUGGGGGAGGGCAUCAUCGUCGGCAUCAUCGACAACGGGGUCGACCCGCGGCACGCGUCGUACAGCGACGAGGGCAUGCCGCCGCCGCCGGCAAAGUGGCGGGGCCGGUGCGACUUCGGGGGCGCCCCAUGCAAUAAUAAGCUGAUCGGCGGGCAGUCCCUGACACCAGGGGAGCACGGCACGCACACGUCCAGCACUGCCGUGGGCGCCUUCGUCAGGGACGUCAAGGUGCUCAGGACGAACGUCGGCGCGGCCUCCGGCAUGGCGCCGCGCGCGCACCUGGCGUUCUACGAGGUGUGCUUCGAGGACCAGUGCCCGUCGACGAAGCAGCUCAUCGCCAUAGAGAAGGGCGCGUUCGUGGACGGCGUUGACGUGGUCUCCAUCUCGGCGGGGGACGACACGCAGCAGCCGUUCUACAAGGACCUCACCGCCGUCGGGAGCUUCUCCGCCGUCAUGUCGGGCGUCUUCGUGAGCACGAGCGCAGGAAACAACGGUCCGUACGCCGCGACCGUCACGAACUGUGCGCCUUGGGUGCUCACAGUGGCCGCGAGCACCAUGGGACGGCGCAUUGUCUCCCAGAUCAGACUUGGCAACGGGCUUGUGCUCCAAGGCGAGGCAAACAGGAGGUACAAGAGCGUCAAGAAGAGGCCGCUCGUCUACGUCGCCGGCCAGUUCGUUGAUGGCGCGCUCAAGUCCGUCGACGUUCGCGGCAAGAUCGUGCUCUGCGACCGCUCAGAGGGCGUCAGCAAGCGCGGCGAGCUUGUCCGCUCUGCCGGCGGCGUGGGCAUAAUCGUCUUCAACGACGAGAUGGAGGGCGGCACGACUAAUCCAUCGGGGGGAAACUUGACUAUCGCGGCGUCGCGCGUUAGCCAUGCCGACGGCAAGACGAUGUUGGCGUACAUCAACUCCACGGCCAACCCCACCGCGAGCCUCCACUUCACUGGCGUUGUGCUGGACCCGUCCUCUCAGCCGGCCAUCGCCGGGUACUCUUCACGAGGUCCCUGCAACAUGUCAAACCUCGGCGUGCUGAAGCCCGACAUCACCGGCCCUGGCACGAAUAUAAUUGCGGCUGUCCCCGGCUCCCCUCGCGGCCACAACGCCAGCACACAUACCCAGACCUUCGGUGUCUUCAGCGGCACUUCCAUGGCCGCGCCGCACCUCUCAGGGAUCGCAGCCGUGCUGAAGGGAGCACGUCCGGAGUGGUCACCGUCCGCGAUCAAGUCGGCGAUGAUGACAACAGCCGAGGUGACGCACCCGGACGGCACGCCAAUUAAUGACCAGGCGACCGGCCUGCCGGCGAGCCACCUCCUCAUGGGCGCCGGGCUCGUGAACCCAACGAAAGCACUUGACCCCGGGCUCGUCUACAACCUCUCGGCGCUAGACUACAUCCCCUACGUCUGCGGCCUCGGGUACAACGACAGCUACGUCAACGACAUCAUUGCACAGCCGUUGCAGAACGUGAGCUGCGCAUCGGUCAGCAAGAUCGAGGGCAAGGACCUGAACUACCCGUCGUUCAUGGUGUCACUCACGACGGCCGCGCCGGCGGUCGAGGUGAGGCGCACGGUGACCAACGUCGGGGAGGCGUUCUCGGUGUACACGGCGGAAGUCGUCUCACCGAAAGGCGUCACCGUCGAGGUGGUACCAAACAGGCUGGACUUCAGCUCUGUGAACCAGAAGAGAGAGUUCAGGGUGAGGUUCAGGGGUGGUGGCAGCGCCACCAACGGCACGGUGGAAGGUAGCCUCCGGUGGGUCUCCGACAAGCACUCCGUUCGCAGCCCAAUCGUCGUUCUUGAUGGAACCCUGAAUUUGGUUUAG